AUGGGUCCUAAUGUUUCUUAUCAGGUUCCAAGGGUUGAACCAUUAGAAGUAAAUUCCCGUUCUAUCCCCAUUACAUCUGUAGCCGAAUCAUUUUUAGAUUCAAGAAGAUCCAUCACUCCUUCCCCUUCAGGGUCUCCUCGUUCUUCUCAAAACCUACAAGUUGAUGCUAAUGGAAACGAAGUGAGACGAGGUCGAGCUCCUGCAGUCACUUUCAACAUAAUCGAUAGAUCUGAGAGGAAAGACGUGGGGCCCGGAUACUCCAAAUAUGUUGCAGGUUCUAAAGACAUGAAGAAGAUGAAGACAACAAAAAAGACGAGUUUGUUACAGGUGUGGGAAAGGGAAGUGGGAAACGAAAGAAUCUUGUUUGGUUUGUGA